AUGGUAGAAUGGGAGAGAACGACCGCCAAGAAUCUUGGUGUAAAGUUGGUGAGCCGUAGUAGCCUUUCAAAUAGAGCAUAUCUUACUUGUGAUCUAUUUGGGGUGAAGAGACAAAGUAAAACGGACACAGAUGUGCCAAAGAAGAGAUGGUCGGGCACAAAGAAAAUUAAUUGUAAAUUUUACUUGGUGGGAGAGCAACAUUACGGGGAUAGAUGGGGAAUUAGAAUAUUAUAUGGGAAGCAUAAUCAUGAUCCCGUACAUUUGUUUGGGCAUGGGUCUACAAAAAUGACUGAAGAGGAGGUGGAAAUUACUCGGAUGUUGGCAAAAAGUCAUGUGCCGCCGAAGAAGAUUUUAAUACAUUUGAAAGAGAAGAACUUGGCACAAGAUGUGCAUUUGAAACAAAUAUACAAUGAAAAGGCGAAAAUGAAAAAGGAGGCUAGAGACGGGCAUACAAUUAUGCCACAUUUGGUUGGGUUGCUUGAGGAACAUAAGUAUUAUAAGUGGAUCCGCACUGAUCUAACUACGCAUGAAAUUAUUGAUCUGAUGUGGGCUCACCCUCAGUCGGUCGAAAUGUUGAGAUUGUUUCCAUACGUUUUGCUGUUUGACUUGGCAUUUAUGCGCCAUGAAAAUGAAGAGCAUUAUACAUGGGCGUUGAACAAUUUGAGAAAGCUACACCUCCCAAACAAUGUACCGGGGGUCGUUGUGACUGAUAGGGAAUUGGGUUUGAUAAAGGGGAAUGUGGGUCGUCGUUCUGCACAAUGCUUGGGUAAUAGUAAAUUUCGAGGAAUUACCUUCGUUCGUGAGGUUUGGCAAAGAGUUGUAACUUCACUAUCUGUUGCACAAUACGAAAGUAACCUUGCGGCGAUGGUCGAUGAAUAUAGAAAUAAUCCGGAUCUAUUCGAGUACCUAGAAACGACUUGGCUCAUAUACAAAGAUAGGGUUGAGAGCGGUCAUAAAGCAGUAAAGGAUUGGUUGUCGUCGUCCACCGGUGGAUUUGACACCUUUUGGGCACAAUAUCACUCACAGAUGAUUAUUCAACUUAAUCAGAUUCUGAAAACAUUUGGCAAAUCACGGAGGAUCCGAGCGAAGACUAUCAAUGUACCCAUUUUUAGGAUUUUAUCUUCCGGAAUAGUCACGCAUGCGGCCCUUCUUUUUGACGUUGAGCGUGAAAAAAAUGUCGAGAAUUGCAAUUGUUACUUGAAGAACACUCAUGGUCUCCCUUGCAAAUAUGACAUUGAUCUUAAAGAGAGUAGACAUGGUGGUGUGUUUUAUGCAGAAGAUGUCCAUAAAUUUUGGAGGACCAUGAUUUUGUUGGAUGGCAAUCAAGCAGAGAGUGUUGAUUCAAUCCCCGAUCAUAGGACACAAGCACUUGGAAGAUUAGAAGGAUUGGUUAAUGAAUUGCGUCAACAUUCUGACGUUGAGAUUAAUGAUGUGGCGGACAUAGUUUUUGAAAGAAAUCGUAGUCGAGGCCGUUCAUCUACUGUAAGUGAGCCCGAACCGGAACGAAUUGUCCAACCUGAGUUUAUCCGGAAUCUACAUUUUGCACUUGUACCCGAUGAUGUGACGUGGAAAAACGUGUUAGGCGAUGGUAAUUGCGGAUACCGGUCUGUUGCAUGUGCAGUCAAGGGCGACGAGGAGAAUUGGAAUGAUGUUAGAUUGGAUGUUUAUAAUUUUCUCAGAAAUAAUGAAGAGUUUUUCAAGGACUACUAUGGUGGCGGGAAUUACAUAUAUCAAGUGAUGACAAGUGUGCCACAUUGGCAAAAUGGACCGGCACCGCUAAAUAAAUGGAUGACUAUUACGGAUGUGGGAGUGGUGGUAGCAACAUGUUACAAUGCUUUGGUGUUGUCGACAAGCAGUUCGGGAAAUCAGACUUAUUUGCCGCUUUUCUCCCCCGUUGGUGUUUCACAACUAUCGCACGAGAUGACCAUUGUAUACCUGGCGGAAGGGAGUCAUUUUGUGAAUGACAAGGGUGAUAGCUUGAGCGCAUCGUACUACCACACAGACUCAGUGACUCCAGUGACAAAUACUGCAGUUGGUGCAGAGGUUACCGAUAGCUUCUCGAGCAAUGAGAACACCAUAACUGUGGGAACUCAGCAUUCGUUGGACUCGUUGACCACUGUGAAGAGUGGUUUUCAUGUUUACAUAGCUGUUAUACUGAGUGGUUUUCAUGUUAAUACACAUGUUUAUACAGAGUGA